CGCGCGCGGCGUUACUCCGCUGCUCCCGGUCCCUCCUUCCGCUGCUCCCUGAGGCGGCGGGGACGGCGGGAGUCCCGCGUGUCCCGGGAGUCCUUUUGAACCCGAGGCGUCUUGGACCUGCCCAAUGUGUGCAAAAGUGAGACCUGAGUCCUGGGGCUGCUGGGAAGUAUUCAAUAUUAAGUAACAUGUCUUCCACCAAACCUUCCAAUGAAAAUGAAACACCUGGAGAGAGAAAACCAGGACUGAGGAGUGUCCAGACAACUAUGCUCUUCCGAGCUGUGAACCCAGAGCUUUUCAUUAAACCUAACAAACCUGUGAUGGCAUUUGGACUGAUAACAAUUAGCCUCUGUGUGGCCUACCUUGGUUAUUUGCAUGCAACAGCAGAGAAUAAAAAAGACCUCUAUGAAGCAAUCGACAGUGAGGGGGCCAGGUAUAUGAGAAGGAAAACUUCCAAGUGGGACUGAGAAUGUAAGAAAGGAAAUCAGCAAAUGAGUCACAGAACUUUUCAAGGCUGUGUCUUUUUUCUCUUUCCAUUGCAUAAUGGGUAAAUGUCUCUUGCUAUCUAAUCCAAUUCAAUUUCCUUUAUAAAAUGCUGGCCCUGUACAAAUAAAUUGCAAUAAAGAUA